CUAAGAUCCGAUAUUUGCAAGAGUAUCACAAUCGAGUUCUUCAUAAUAUUUAUCCUGUACCCUCAGGAACUGAUAUUGCAAAUACACUCAAGUACUUUUCUCAGACAUUAUUAAGCAUUUUGUCCCGCACAGGGAAGAAGGAGAACCAGGAGGCCUCCAGUUUACCAGUGCCCAUGACCAUGUGUCUUUUUCCUGUGCCAUUCCCACUCACCCCAUCUCUAAGACCACAGGUCAGUUCCAUCAACCCUACUGUUACUCGCUCCCUCCUUUACAGCGUCCUGCGAGAUGCUCCUGCCGAACGUGGACAGCAAAGUCGUGAUGCUCAGUUGUCAGAGUACCCGUCGCUGGACUACCAAGGGCUCUAUUUGACUCUCGUCAGCCUACUCGACUUGGUUGCACUGCUUCAAAAUGGCCAGCACGAUCUUGGGCAGUCGAUAUUUUAUACCACAGCGUGUUUGCUUCCAUUUCUCAGUGACGAUAGUCUUAGCACUUUGCCAUACACGAUGAUCUCAACUCUGGCCACAUUUCCUCCAAUCCUCCAUAAGGACAUCAUUGAAUAUCUCAGCACAUCUUUUAUACCAAUGGCUAUCUUGGGUUCUUCCAAACGAGAGAGUGGAGUUCCUGCAUACGUUAAUCUGUCUGCAUCUUCAAUGCUAAUGAUAGCCAUGCAGUAUACAUCAAAUCCAGUGUAUCAUUGCCAGCUAUUGGAAUGCCUUAUGAAAUUUAAACAAGAAGUAUGGAAGGACUUGCUGUAUGUAAUAGCCUAUGGACCUUCUCAAGUCAAGCCUCCAGCUGUUCAAAUGCUUUUUCACUACUGGCCUAAUCUGAAGCCACCAGGGGCAAUUACUGAAUACAGAGGUCUGCAGUACACAGCAUGGAAUCCAAUCCAUUGCCAACACAUCGAGUGCCACAAUGCAAUAAACAAGCCAGCUGUCAAGAUGUGCAUCGACCCUUCAAUUUCUGUGGCAUUAGGUGAUAAGCCUCCACCGCUUUAUCUUUGUGAAGAAUGCAGUCAGAGGAUUGCUGGGGACCACAAUGAAUGGCUAAUUGAUGUUCUUCUGCCACAAGCUGAAAUUUCUGCUAUUUGUCAGAAGAAGAACUGUAGCUCACAUGUGAGGAGAGCUGUUGUCACCUGCUUUUCAGCAGGUUGCUGUGGUCGUCAUGGAAACAGACCAGUACGAUACUGUAAAAGAUGCCACUCGAAUCACCACAGUAGUGAGGUUGGAGCAACAGCAGAGACUCACAUUUAUCAAACUUCUCCUCCUCCCAUCAACACCAGAGAGUGCGGGGCAGAGGAACUUGUUUGUACUGUGGAAGCUGUGAUCAGCUUACUGAAGGAGGCAGAGUAUCAUGCUGAACAGAGGGAAUAUGAGCUGAAUCGAAGGAGGCAAAUGGGCCUCUCAUCAUCUCACCAUUCCCUUGACAACACUGACUUUGAUAAUAAGGAUGAUGAUCCUAAUGACCAACGCCUGUUGAGCCAGUUUGGAAUCUGGUUUCUGGUAAGUCUUUGUACUCCCAAUGAGAAUACUCCAACAGAGAGCCUGGCACGCCUUGUCAGCAUGGUCUUCCAAUGGUUUCAUUCGACAGCGUACAUGACAGAUGAUGAAGUUGGCAGUCUGGUAGAGAAGCUGAAGCCUCAGUUUGUCACAAAGUGGUUAAAAAAUGUCUGUGAUGUUAGGUUCGACGUUAUGGUCAUGUGCCUGCUUCCUAAACCUAUGGAAUUUGCUAGAGUCGGUGGCUACUGGGAUAAAUCUUGCAACACAGUGACUCAGCUGAAGGAAGGAUUAAACAGAAUUCUUUGCCUGAUUCCAUAUAAUGUCAUCAGCCAGCCAGUGUGGGAAUGCAUCAUGCCUGAAUGGCUGGAAGCCAUUCGAACGGAAGUGCCUGAUAACCAGCUUAAAGAGUUUCGAGAAGUACUGAGCAAAAUGUUUGACAUUGAGCUUUGCCCAUUACCCUUUUCAAUGGAGGAAAUGUUCGGAUUUACAAGUUGCCGAUUUACAGGCUAUCCUGCCUCUGUACAAGAGCAAGCCUUACUCUGGCUUCAUGUGUUAUCAGAGCUGGAUAUAGUGGUUCCUCUGCAGCUUUUGAUUGGUAUGUUUUCUGAUGGAGUUAAUUCAAUCAAAGAGUUAGCAAAUCAGAAGAAAACAAGAGCAAACGAGGUGUCAGGAAAUCUCUCUGCACGAAGGGGAAGUGUGGCAUCUGAUCCAGGAAGAAGAGGGCAGCACAAUACACUCAGCCCAUUCCCCAGUCCUUUCCGUAGCCCUUUUCAAAGUCCCAUCCGUAGUCCGUUCCGCAGCCCUUUCAAAAACUUUGGGCAUCCUAGCAGGAGGACCAUUGAUUUUGACUGUGAUGAUGACGAAACAAACUUGAAUUGUUUUAUUCUCAUGUUUGAUCUAAUUCUGAAGCAGAUGGAGCUGCAGGAUGAUGGUAUCACACUGGGCUUGGACAACAGUUUAUCCAAAGACAUUAUUUCCAUUGUCAACAAUGUCUUCCAGGCACCAUGGGGCGGCUCACACACCUGCCAAAAGGAUGAAAAGGCAGUAGAGUGCAGCCUGUGUCAGUCCAGCAUCCUCUGCUACCAGCUGGCUUGUGAACUUCUUGAACGACUUGCACCAAAAGAAGAAAUCAGGCUUGUGGAAGCAACUGAGAGCCUUGAAGACAGCCUAUUGUUUUCUAGACCUGAGUUUACAAUUGGAGCUGAAGAAGAGGAGGAAAACUCCACCUCUAAACAGGAUGAAAAUCCAGGGAUUCAUAAUGACUCCUGUGAAGAUCUUGGUAUGAAAAAUGAUGCAGACAGAAAGUUCUGCUACCAACAGUUACCUGUGACCCUGAAGCUGAUAUAUACUAUAUUGCAGGAAAUGCCAACAUUUGAAGAGCCAGAUAUUCUUUUCAAUAUGCUGCAUUGUCUCAAGAUACUUUGUCUACAUGGAGAAUGCCUGUAUAUUGCAAGAAAGGACCAUGCAUACUUCCUGGAGUACAUUCAGAAAAACAUGUUGAUAUCUAGCUUAUGGAGAGUUCUGAAAUCGGAGUUUUCUCAGCUUGCUUCUUUAGCUGUGCCUCUGCUCCUUCAUGCUCUGUCUCUUCCUCAUGGAGCCGAUAUAUUGUGGACAAUUGUAAACCAGAGCUUUAACAGCAAGGACUGGAAGAUAAGAUUUGAAGCCGUGGAGAAGGUGACUGUUCUCUGUAGAUUCCUGGACAUUCCGUCUGUGACUAAGAACCACAUGCUGAAGUAUUCCCUCGCUCAUGCCUUCUGCUGCUUCCUUGCUGCAGUGGAGGAUGUUAACCCAGCUGUUGCUACAAGAGCUGGACUCUUACUGGACACCAUCAAAAGACCAGCUCUGCAGGGCCUAUGUGUUUGCAUUGAGUUCCAGUUCGACACCGUUGUAAAGGACAGGCCUACAAUCCUGUGUAAACUGCUGCUGUUGCAUUUUCUUAAGCCUGACAUCCCUGCACUGAGUUGGGAGUUCUUUGUGAACAGAUUUGAUACGCUGUCUCUUGAGGCACAGCUUCAUUUGGAUUGCAACAAGGAGUUCCCUUUUCCUACAAAUAUCACUGCUGUACGAACAAACGUUGCUAAUCUGAGUGAUGCUGCCAUGUGGAAAAUUAAGAGAGCUCGUUUUGCACGAAACCGUCAGAAAAGUGUGCGCUCCCUAAGAGAUAGUAUAAAAGGCCCUAUCAAAUCAAAAAGAGCAGUAUCCCUUCCAGAAACAUCAUCCAGCAAGAUUUCUCUGAGACUGAACAGACAUGAGCAGUCUGCCCCAGCCCUUGGUGGAGUAUUAGAACACUGUUUACCAGGUCAUCAUGUAACAGAUGAAGACACCUUGAUUAAGGACCCCCUCCCAGAGGAUGCUGGGAUAGAUCACCAAACUGUACAUCAGCUGAUUACUGUGCUGAUGAAGUUCAUGACAAAGGACAACAGCAGUGCUGAAGCUGACAUCAGCAGUGCUAAGGCUUUCAAUACUGUCAAACGCCAUUUGUAUGUGGUACUAGGCUAUGACCAGCAGGAAGGCUGCUUCAUGAUUGCACCACAGAAAAUGCGUACUUCUACAUGCUUUAAUGCAUUUAUUGCUGGCAUUGCACAGGUGAUGGACUACAAUAUCAGCUUGGGCAAACACCUGCUGCCAUUGGUGGUUCAGGUGCUGAAGUACUGCUCCUGUCCGCAGCUCAGGCAUUACUUCCAGCAACCUCCACGGUGCUCCCUGUGGUCUCUCAAACCCCACAUACGACAGCUAUGGCUGAAGACUUUACUUGUUAUUCUUUACAAGUAUCCCUAUCGAGAAUCGGACAGCAAGAUUGUAUUACAUUUGAUAUACAUUACAAUGAAUACACUAAAUGCUCAGUAUCACAGCUGCAAACCUCAUGCCACAGCAGGACCUCUGUACAGUGACAACAGUAAUAUCAGCAGAUACAGUGAAAAAGAAAAAGAGGAAGACAGUGUAUUUGAUGAAUCUGAUAUACACGACACCCCGACAGGUGCCUGCAACAAGGAGUCCCAAACCUUCUUUGCAAGACUGAAAAGAAUAGGUGGCAGCAAGUCUGUCAAAUAUCAACCAGUCGAGAUGAAUGCCCAGAGAAGUGAAAUAGAGCUAGCCGAAUACAAGGAUGCAGGACCAUUACAAGACAGUAUACUACGCUGCGUAAGAGAAGAGAGUAGCUAUCGAAAGAAGCUCCAUUCCAUGAAGCAGAAAUCAUUAGAUAUUGGGAAUGCAGAGUCUCAUAUAUUUGCUUUAGAGGAACAUCGUAGAAAGUCAUGCAUUGAUCGAUGUGAUGCAGACAGACAACAUCAUAUCUACAUAUCUCGUGGUCAUGACGACUAUGGAAAAAGUGGGCGGAGCUCUUCUGUUAAAGCAGAAAUUGUUGAAUGUCUGGAAAAGUCUUUUUUACUAGACAGUUUCCAAGAAAACAGAAAGCCAGUAAUACCAGAAGUUAGACUAAGUUGUAUGGAAACGUUUGAAGACAAAUCUGAGCUUGCAGAGGAGCUUACCUCAUCUCCUAAGGAGGAUGCUGAUCUUAUAGACUUGUCAUCUAGUUCCACAUCUGGCCCGGAGAAACAGUCAAUGAUCUCAACUUCAGACAGUGACUCAUUGGUGUUUGAACCUCUUCCUCCUCUAAGGAUUGUGGAAAGUGAUGAGGAAUAUGAAAUGCUGAACCCAUCAAAUGAUCGACUGAAUGGAAAACGUGGCACAUCUCCAUUCUUCCCUGGAAACACUACCCCUACACUUAGCUUAACAAGUAUGACUCCACUCGUUCAAGUAAGCAUUGAGGAUUGUUCCAGAGACUUUGAUGCAAAAGAUUUGGGUAAUGAACCCACAUCUCGAAUUGGGAAUAUCGGUGCUACAACUUCUAAUAAUCAAAAGGAUGUAGAAGAGUUAUUUAAACCAGAAGAUUUUAAAGAUUCUCUGUCCUUUGCUGGAAGCCCACUCACUUUGAAGCAAAAAAGGGACCAGCUAAAAAAGUCUGCUGCUCUACGUGAGCUGUCCAUUGAUGACACAUAUGAACUGCAGAUAGAGGAAAUCAAGCCAUCAGAACCAUCUCAAGAUAAUAACAUGAACACAGUUUUUAUAAAUGUCCCAGAAGACUCUGAGAAUGAAAUCCAAACUGAUAAGCCAGAUGCUACUACAGAAUCUAAUACAGAAACCAAUAUAGAAGAGAAGCCAGAGGAAGAAGAAACCGAGGAGUCAGAAUUUAAAAUACAGAUUGUCCCCAGGCAGAGAAAACAGAGAAAAAUUGCUGUCAGUGCUAUACAGAGAGAAUACCUUGAUAUUUCCUGUAACAUUUUAGACAAACUUGGGGAACAGAAGGAAGCUGAUCCCAGUGCUAAAGCACUUCCAGCUCUGGAAAUGCCUAGGGAAUGUGCAUCAGCUCCAACAUUGGAAGCUGGGAUUCCUGAAACAAGUAGUCACUCCUCCAUAUCAACCCAGUACAGACAGAUGAAACGUGGAUCUUUGGGUGCAUUAACUAUGAGCCAACUAAUGAAAAGACAGCUGGAACACCAGUGUAGUGCUCCCCAUAACAUCAGUACCUGGGAUACCGGUGCCACUAAGUCCAGCCUGCUGUCAGCACCAAGCAUUGUCAGUAUGUUUGUGCCCGCACCUGAAGAGUUUACAGAUGACCAGCCUACGGUGAUGACUGACAAAUGCCAUGACUGUGGGGCAAUUCUGGAAGAAUAUGAUGAAGAAACAUUAGGUUUAGCAAUUGUUGUACUGUCUACAUUUAUUCACCUGAGCCCGGACUUGGCAGCGCCGUUACUUUUGGACAUCAUACAGUCAGUCGGCAGGUUAGCAUCAAGCACAAAUUUUUCCAGUCAAGCAGAGAGCAUGAUGAUUCCAGGAAAUGUGGCCGGUGUGGCCAAGCAGUUUCUUCGCUGCAUUUUUCAUCAGUUGGCUCCAAAUGGUAUUCUCCCUCAGUUGUUUCAAAGCAAUAUCAAAGAUGGAAGUUUUUUGAGAACAUUAGCCUUAUCUCUGAUGGAUUUUAAUGAACUGAGUUCGAUAGCAGCCUUAAACCAGCUACUAGAGGGGUUAAACAACAAGAAGAACUUGCCAUCAGGGGGAGCUAUGCUUCGCUGCUUAGACAAUAUGGCUGCUUUCAUGGAAGCACUACCUAUGGAUUCUCCCAGCAACCUAUGGACAACAAUUUGUAAUCAGUUCCAAGCUUUCCUGACAAAACUACCAUGUGUCUUACCAUUAAAGUGUUCCUUAGAUUCAGGAUUAAGAAUUAUGAUAUGUCUCCUGAAAAUAUCCACUACUAAUGCAACCAGGAGUCUGCUGGAACCAUUUUCAAAACUGCUAAGCUUUAUUAUUCAGAAUGCAGUUUUCAUCUUGGCAAACCUCGUGGAACUCUGCGCACUGUGUUACCGAGCCUUCACUAAGGAAAGAGAUAAGUUUUACCUGUCUCGAUGUGUUGUCUUAGAGCUGCUACAAGCCUUGAAGUUUAAGUCUGCAAUACCAGAUACAAACCUCUUACUAUUAGUACAGUUUGUUUGUGCUGAUGCUGGAACUCGUUUAGCUGAAUCAACAAUCAUUCAGAAAAACAUGAUUGCUUGUAUGCCUGGGUUUUCAGUUGCAGCCAUGGAAUGCAUGAGGCAAUAUAUCAGCGAACUGCUGGACUUCAUUGCAGAUAUGCAUACGCUUACAAAAUUAAAGAACCAUAUGAAAACCUGCUCUCAGCCUUUACAUGAAGAUACCUUUGGUGGACACCUGAAAGUUGGCCUGGCACAGAUUGCAGCAGUGGAGGUUACUAGGGGGAAUCACCGGGAUAAUAAAGCUGUUAUUCGAUAUCUACCAUGGCUCUACCAUCCUCCGUCUGCGAUGCAACAAGGGCCAAAGGAGUUCAUUGAAUGUGUAUCUCAUAUUCGGCUACUGUCAUGGCUACUUUUGGGAUCUCUUACUCACACAGUAGUGUGCACAAAUUCUCCCUCUACCUGUAUGCCAGUUCCACUAGAUGCUGGCUCACAGGUCGCAGAUCAUCUCAUAGUCAUCUUGAUUGGAUUUCCAGAGCAGUCUAAGACAUCCGUCCUGCACAUGUGCUCCCUUUUCCAUGCAUUUAUUUUUGCUCAGCUGUGGACAAUAUACUGUGAGCAUGCAGCCACGGCACCCACUGUUCAGAACCUGACAGACUGUGGAUCCACAGCUAUUCUUACAGCCCUGGAAUUCUGGAGUCGAGUAACACCCAGCAUUCUUCAGCUUAUGGCACAUAAUAAAGUGAUGGUAGAGAUGGUAUGUCUACAUGUUAUAAGCCUGAUGGAAGCUCUUCAAGAAUGUAAUUCAACAGUAUUUGUAAAGCUUAUACCUAUGUGGUUGCCAAUGAUACAGUCAAAUUUGAAGUAUUUAUCUGCUGGGCUGCAACUACGUCUUCAGGCAAUCCAGAAUCAUGUUAAUAAUAACAGCCUGCAAAUGCUGAAAGGAAGUGGACAGAUGAAUGCCCAUCAGUCCGUUCUCCGUAAAUGGUUACAGUCUACUCAGUUCAAAAUGGCCCAAGUUGAAAUACAGUCAUCUGAAGCAGCUUCUCAGUUCUAUCCACUGUGAACAACUUAGUCACUAUGCUGGCGUGCUGUGGAAGUGAAUGAUCUGAUGGGGCAAGAAUGAUAAAGUAAUAUAUAUAUAUAUAUAUAUAUAUAUAUAUAUAUCUAUAUAUAUAUAUAAGUUUGCACACUGCAUCACUCAAGUACUCAUGCAUAUUUGUAUCUGACCACUUGCUGGAAUGAACAAGCUAUGCAUUGGCCUUCUUCUGUUGGUAGGUUUCUAGUAUUAGCAUUAGAACAUGCACAAUAGAGAUCAACAGACUUUAUUAAAACUGCUGAUGUUUGCAACAAUGUGCACAAUAUGCAUAAAACAGAGGUCUGUGGGUUUCAGAAUACAUAAAACAUUGCAUAGAUAUGUAUUUAUCAGUUUUCAGUACAAAGCAUUGAUUUGAUAUUGUAUACCCACCUGUAUUUCUUCUACAGCUACUGCAUUUUUUGGAAAGUGUUUAGACACUCAUACUUUCCUCUAAAUUCCCCUCUGAGGCAUUGCAUGUUCUAAAGAUCGCAGCCCCAUCAAGCCAGCUCUUGCACAAAAAGCAUAUAGGAAGGUAGAAAUCUGGAAUCUGGCAGACAAACCUAUUGAAUUGCACACAUGCAUGGUAGAAUAACCAUAAAAGAGGUAUGGUGAAUAAUUGUGAGUUUUCUGCAGUCAGGAGUUAGAUACAAUGAUUUUAUCUCAUGAGGGCUGGAGGUGCAGGAAAAGUUAUGAUAAAUUUGCUGUCUCUAUAAGAAAGGAAGAUUGUUCACUGAAAAUUGCCACUAGUAAAAGCAGCGUAAAAGUGAUAAUCAUAUGUGUGUGCGUGUCUGUGUGUGUGUGUGUGUGUGUGUGUGUGUGUGUGUGUGUGUGUGUGUGCAUGCUUAAGAAGUAUGGAUUUUUUUAGAAGGACCUUGCCAAGAACAUGUUCAUUGCCUUCCAACAAAAGUGCAUUCAGAAGAUCUCGAAGUAUAAAAUUGCAUGUGAGGUGGGAUAUCAUUCAUUUUUUUAGCUGCAUACAGAACAUAUGUGACUCAACUUAUUUAUUGUAUAGCAAUUAGAUUUACAAUGUACAUAAAAAUACUGUUAUAAUUGACCUUCCUCACAAAAUUGGAGUUUGCUGAGAUAUAUUGUAAAUAUUCUGUAUCUUUGCACUGCUUCUGCAUCAUUAGAUGAAAAGGUGUAUACAGUAGAUGACAUCAGUAGAUGACAUCAUGAUAGUACCCAUUCAUUUGCAUUCAUUCCAGGGAUGACCUCAGCUGUCAGUGGAGAUGUUUUAGCUGGCCUCUGUUGUCUAAUGAGAGUUAGACAGAUUUGAAGAGAAGGGCAAAGACUUAUUUAUGAGUUUGUAAUAAAUCGUGCAUGCUACCAAGGUGAUGUCUAUUCUCUAAGAUAGCCAAAGAGGUUGCAUCACAUCGCUGCAAGCACUGACCAUACAUAAUACAUAAUAUUCCAUAAGGGAUGCCGGACAGGACAAAGACGUGUAAUAAUUGAGGAAAACUAGUCCAUGAAAGGCAAGCAAAUAAUAAAGAGAAUGACUUGUUGGCUUCAUUUAAUGCCAAUGUAUGGUUUAGAAAUCAUGCACAUAAUGAGAAAUGUAUACAUUUUUAUAAGAACACUGGUGGUUACAGAAUAGUACUUCAGUCCAAAAUGUUAUUCUAAGGUAAUCAGGCCAGCACUUAUAAUCAAACUCAUUAUGGGGUUCAGUUGAUCCAGGUGUCUGCAUGCACACUAUAGAGGAAGAACAUGAUGGAAAGUGUUCCUUUAAGGUUUAAUUCAUUGUAUACAGUUAAAUAGCCAUUAUAAAGCAGAUUUGAUUUUUCUGCUCUUCUGUGUAUAUACUAUAUAUAUCUAUGCAUGCAUUAUUUUACAAGUGGAAUGUGUGAAAAUGCAUUCCUGUGUUUGAAAAUAUGAUGUGCCUAUUAAAAUGCACCAAAGUGCUGCAAGGCCUGAAACACAGGGUUUUAAAAUGGCAGUCCCUAAAGUUUUGUAGUUUUACUGUUUGUGAAAAUGUAACACUUCAGGUAAACCAGAAAAUAAUGAAUACCCCUCAGGUCACCAAUUUUCUAAUGCCCCAACUGGUGUGUGUAUUCAUAGCACAACAUUGUACAGAUAUACAAAAACAUGGAACCUACCAAAACCACAGAUACGGGAUUUUAAUUUCUGCAUCUGUCAUGAAUAGCUGUCUUACACCAUGACUUUUCUUAUAGCACAUUAGUUAAACUACAGAAUUUCAAAAUACUAUGUGGUCAUUCAUUUUUCCCCUGUAUAGUUCUGUCAUAAUUAUUAGUUUGAAGUAUAAUGAUAAAUGUUUUAGUGUUCAUUUAUGCCAGCACACAUUUUGUUGCAGGAAAAAAGUGGUUAAAGUUUAGCUGAAGCUGUUGCACACAUGGUUAAAGACAAUAAAGGUUAUUUUUCUUUUGUUGCACAGUAACACAGUGCUCUGUCAUGCACUGUGUGGUUCACUGCUCUGUAAGCUGCUGUAGCAUAUCUCACCCUUGCAAAAGUGUAUAAAAAUUAGAUGUGAUUAACAUGCAUGAAUGACUACCAGACUCAGUCAUGAAAGCAUAUAAUAUAAUCCUACAAAAUUGGAAGAUAUAGUUUAGAACACACACUGACUACUGAGUGAGUAUAAGUCCUCUCAGUUUUUUUUUAAUUUCUCCAAAUCUUUUGGUUUUCUAAUACCAUGAUGGGAAUGGACCUCAU